AUGAGCUUCCGAUCGCUAUGGGCGCGCGCACGAGGGAGCUUCCUCGGUGACACGGCAAUCCGCCUGGUCGGCAUUGCGACCUGGAUCCCCGUCGUCAUCUGGUUCAACGACCAUGUCGCGACUGUGACAAAGAUCAGCGGCGCCUCCAUGUACCCGUACUUUAACGAGGACCGCAACAGCACCAUCAUCCGCGACCUGGUACUGAACUGGAGGUGGCACGCGAACGAGGACCUCAGGAGGGGCAUGAUUGUCACCUUCAGGAGCCCAUUUCACCCGGAGACCGUCGCCGUGAAGAGAAUCAUCGCCCUGGAGGGAGACCAUGUCAAGACACGGCCACCGCACCCCCAGCCGAUGGUCAGGGUGCCGCAGGGCCACAUCUGGGUCGAGGGCGACGGCCCUGCGGACCAGACACUGGACAGUAACACUUACGGCCCCAUAUCCAUGGAAUUGGUGACGGGAAAGAUUGUGUGGUUCUUGUACCCCUUCCGCAAGUUUGGAAGGACGAAGUGGGAGGACUUUAAGAUGAAGCCGCGGGAGUGA